AUGGGAAAAGUGAAGAUAGCCACGUCUCAUGGUCACACCAUUCCACGCUUAGAACUGUGUGCUGCUGUUAUGGCUGUGGACUUGGCUGAGAUGGUAUGGGACAGCCUGAACAUUGAUUCGUCAGAUUGCAGAUUCUAUUCAGACAGCAAGAUAGUCCUGGGCUACAUCCGAAACACAACAAAGAAAUUCAAGGUAUAUGUCUCAAAUAGAGUAGCAAGAAUACUCAAGUUCUCCACAUCAGAUCAGUGGAAUUAUGUUCUCACAAGUAAGAAUCCAGCUGACGAUGGAACGAGAGUGCUAGAUGCUGCCAAGCUAGAAGAAAGCAAGUGGUUAAACGGACCACGAAACGCAUCAGAAGUAAACGAGGACAAAGAGAUGGAAACAACGGGUCAAGAAACUGAUGACACAGAAGUGGUGUCUGAAGCCACCCUCUUUGUAGAACAAAACAUUGGAAUAGGAACGGAUAGAUUUUCAAAGUUCUCAUCCUGGAAGAACCUGAUCGCCGGAAUAGCAUGGCUAAAAACUCUUGCAAGAAUGUCUAAGGCUCAAAGAAAAGAAAGAGAUGGGGUCUCAACCUUCACUGAUAGUGAAAAUUUUGUAAUAAGGGAAGUUCAGGGAUAA